UCUCUCGCUCUCUCAGUCUCUCUCUCUCUCAUCGCACACACAGAGUAGAUAUAUAUCCAUCGAUAUUCCCAGCACACAGAUAUAGAGAGCCCCACUCCACCAAUACCACAAACUCUCUCUCUCGCUCCGGUUCAGUGCAAACCACUGAUACAUAGCUAGGGUUUCAUCCUCCUCCGUCAAUUCAUCGCGAUGGCUUUUCACGGCAAGAAGCUCAUCAACGACCCCAACGUAUUUUCCGAGUUAAAUCAGAUGAAAUGCCAAGAGAAAUUGAUUUUCUUUCACUGAGAGAGUUGGGAAUUUUUCGUAUUGGUGGUUGCAGAUGUGGUGACUGAAUUCAUCGAAGGGCUUGUCGAAACUUAUCCUGGGCUGCAGUACUUGGAUGGUUUCCCUCAGGUGAAGGUUGUGUUGCGUGCUGAUGUUUCCGGUGGGACGUAUGACAAAGUUGCGAUUAUAUCAGGAGGUGGAAGUGGGCAUGAGCCUGCACACGCUGGAUUUGUGGGGGAUGGAAUGCUAACUGCGGCUAUAUGUGGGGAUGUUUUUGCCUCACCACAAGUUGAUUCAAUUCUAGCAGGCAUCCGAGCUGUGACUGGUCCUUCAGGUUGUCUUCUGAUUGUCAAGAAUUAUACUGGGGACUGUUUAAAUUUUGGUUUAGCUGCAGAGCAAGCAAAAUCAGAAGGUUACGAAGUAGAGACUGUAAUUGUUGGAGAUGAUUGUGCAUUACCACCGCCUCGAGGAAUAGCUGGUCGAAGGGGUUUGGCCGGGACCAUUCUUGUUCAUAAGAUUGCUGGAGCUGCUGCUGCUGCCGGCCUUUCACUAGCUGAUGUUGCUGCAGAAGCCAGACGAGCAUCUGAAAUGGUUGGAACAAUGGGUGUUGCACUAUCUAUUUGCACAUUGCCUGGUCGGGUCACACCAGACCGUUUGGGUCCAGGAAAGAUGGAACUUGGUCUUGGAAUUCAUGGAGAACCCGGUGCUGCUGUAGCUGAUCUUCAACCGGUGGAUGUUAUCGUUUCUCAUGUUCUUAAGCAGAUAUUGUCUCCAGAAACUAAUUAUGUUCCGAUUACUCGGGGUUGUAGAGUGGUGCUUAUGGUCAAUGGGUUAGGUGCAACUCCUGGAAUGGAGCUGAUGAUUGCAUCUGGUAAAGCAGUACCUAAGUUGCAGCUGGAACAUGGAUUGGCAGUGGAUAGAGUGUAUACUGGAUCAUUUAUGACUUCUCUUGAUAUGGCAGGUUUUUCGAUUUCUGUCAUGAAGGCUGAUCAAACUAUUUUGCAACGUCUGGAUGCUGCAACAAAGGCGCCAUAUUGGCCUGUUGGUGUUGAUGGCAAUCACCCACCAGCAAAGAUUCCUGUUCCAUUACCUCCAUCUCAUUCAAUGAAUUCUGAUGAGCCAUUAGGUCGGCCGGCACAGCUUAAUGAACAAGGCCAGAUUCUUGAGCUGGCCGUUGAAGCAGCUGCAAAUGCAAUUAAAAAACUUAAGGACAAUUUGAACGAAUGGGAUGGCAAAGUAGGUGAUGGUGACUGUGGGUCAACAAUGUAUAUAGGUGCAACAACAGUUUUGGAAGACAUGAAAAAUUAUCCUCUGAAUGAUGCAACUGAAACAGUGAACGAAAUUGGAUCAUCUAUCAGAAGAGCAAUGGGGGGCACAAGUGGGAUCCUGUAUGUUAUAUUUUGUAAGGCAGCCUACACUCGGUUGAAAUCAAGCACCCAAUCAGUUGUCACGUCAAAAAAUUGGGCUGAAGCGCUUGAAGCUUCCAUUGCUGCAGUCAGUAAAUAUGGUGGGGCUAGUGCUGGUUAUCGGACAAUGUUAGAUGCCCUUAUUCCAGCAUCUACGGUUCUUCAGGAGAGGUUAAAAGCUGGUGAUGAUCCUGUGACUGCUUUUUUACUCUCAUCUGAAGCGGCAUUAGAUGGAGCUGAGUCGACUAAGAACAUGGAGGCACAGGCUGGUCGUUCAAGUUAUAUCUCCGGAGAUGUACUUGCUUCAGUUCCAGACCCAGGUGCGAUGGCUGCAGCGUCGUGGUACAGAGCAGCAGCCUUAGCUGUCAAGUACAAAAACCAGACUCCUCCAUAGACGAGCAAUGCAUUAUCUCUAGCUACAUUUCUGCCAAUUUUUUCAACUUGCAGAUACAACCCAACAGCUCAUUAUUUGUGUUCUUACUUUUUGCGCUACUAACAAUUUGAGCUUUCCGCUUAUGCUUUUUGUGCGUAAAGCUGAGAGAGCGAGAGAGUUUCAUCGAUAUAUACAUACAAUGUCUUGAGAUCUCUUGAUAUAUUUCAAUUAUUGAUAGCAUUCAGAAUAA